AUGAACGGCGUGGUCGCCGCACUGGAAGAGAUGCCGCCGGUCACCCGGUUCUACACGGGAGCAUGCGUUCUAUUGACAACUGCCGUUGUGAGUCAGAUUUUCCUCGAAUCUUUCAAAUUCUUGUUCCCAGCAUCUCGAAUUCGUGACACCAUUCCACCUGUAUUUCAACUGGGAACUGAUUGUCCGCAAGUAUCAACUAUGGAGACUCAUCACGUCGUUCUGCUUCUUCGGAUCUUUUGGAUUCUCGUUUCUAUUCAACAUGGUCUUCACAUAUCGAUAUUGCAUGAUGCUUGAAGAAGGAUCUUUCCGCGGGCGGAGGGCCGACUUCGUCUACAUGUUCCUGUUCGGUGCAGUUCUUAUGAUCAUAUCCGGAAUCUUCGUGCAGAUUCUUUUCCUCGGACAGGCCUUCACUAUCAUGCUCGUUUACAUUUGGAGUCGACGGAAUCCGAUGAUUCAAAUGAAUUUCUUCGGAGUGCUCACUUUCACGGCUCCUUAUCUUCCGUGGGUUCUCUUGCUCUUCUCUCUUCUUCUCGGAAACAAUGCCGUCGUCGAUUUUAUGGGUAAUUUACAGCAGAAACUGAAGAAACCGCUGAUAUUGUUCUAGGAAUCGCUUGCGGACACAUUUACUUCUUCCUCGAGGACGUCUUCCCGUACCAAGAGCACGGAAGACGCUUUUUGAAGACUCCUCAAUGGCUCGUUUAUCUGUUCGACGAACGGAGACCGGAACCAUUGGCAGAAGACGAGAGGCCCGGAGGAUUCGAGUGGGGAGCCGAUCACUGA